GAUUAUUUUUAUGUUGCAAUAAUGACAGACAGACACGGGGCGGGACUCGAUCACCCAAAUCCACAGAGUUGUUGCAAAACUUCCGAUCUGCAGCCUCGGACCGCUACAAAACCCGUUUAAGGAGGGAAGUUAUCGCUGCCAUCGUGAUCAUGGAAGAUGAAGCAGCAGUUGUGGAGGAAGGCAUCAGCCCAGCCCAGAGCCCUCUGGUCGCUGUCAGCUUCCAGAGAAAUGUCCAUAGGAAUAAGAAGUACCUGGAGGCUGAACCCAAAGCUCUGGGGAUCACUCAGAUUGGUCUGAGUGUGUUUCAGAUCAUCUGUGUGGGUGUGUUUCUGUCCAAAGGCCUGGGCCACAUGCAAGGUGACAUACCUCUCUUCGUUUCAUCUCUACUGGUGAUAAUAGCUGGGAUUGUAGCUGUAGCAGCACAGAACCUCCAUCUGCCGACGCUGAGGGCCUGUUUGGGGAUGCAGCUGGUGGCCGUUGGUGCCUCACUCUUCAACCUCAUCUGUAUGCUGUUUAAAAUGGAUAACACGCCUUAUUUCUGCUGGCAUUAUUUCUACGACCAAAACAUCACAGACCAUUGGGGAGAAACCUGCCAUAAAAUUGAGGGCACCCACUCACACAUUUUUGCUGAGGGUGUCCUCAUUGAGGCUGCUCUGUUGGCCAUCUCCAUCACUCUGGCUGUCUACAGCUGCAAAGUGGUCAACUGCUGCUCGCCAGCUUCCAAAAUGCCGGUGAUCACUGUACAAGCACCCCCUGUCCAACACUAAGGAGACGAAGUGGACGAGCAUGGAAGACAAAUGUUU